GCCUACUCUUGGGCUCUGAAACAUUCCUGUUUGUCUGUCCUCAUCUUCAGUUCACCACCAUGAAACUCUUAGCACUCCUAGUCCUGGUGGGCGUUUCCAUGUUCCUGGUCUCUGGCGACAAUGUGACAACAGUUGCUUCAUCUGACAUCUCUACUUCUGCACCAGAUGCCCCUGAAGAAAGCUCUACUGCCACUCCUGCCACCAAGACCACUGUUGCUUCUGCCAGCACUAACCAUGCUGCUCCUGCCAGCACGAGCACUGCUGCUCCUGCUACCAAGCGCACUGCUGCUCCUGCCAGCACGAGCACUGCUGCUCCUGCCAGCACGAGCACUGCUGCUCCUGCUACCAAGCGCACUGCUGCUCCUGCCACCAUUAGAAGGAGAAAGACCACUCUAAGUUUCUGGGACUCACUUCUUGGUGCGCUGCGUGGCUGAGAUCGAAUCAGCCUAGGUCUUCUUCAUCUGGUUCUUCUGGGAUGUGCCAGAACAUGCCUUCAUUUGAUUUUAUUCAAUGACUUAACUUGCUUACAACAUCUCCCUCAUCUCUAAUCAGUUUAUUAUUCUUUUUCAAAUAAAUAAUAGUCACGAGCAACAUCAAAAA